AUGUUACUUGCUAAAUCAGCGUCUCUGGGACAACAAGGAGAUGCUUACGCGUCUCGAAUGAAUGUGGGGAAUGCAAUACAGCUCGCUCGAUUUGGACACAGAAGCAAAUCGAAUAUAUUCCACCGAUGGCUGCUCCUCCCUUUGCCUGAGAUGGUCGACAAACUGUGGGACCGCCGCCAGAAAUCUAUGGAAGCCCCCACCAGUGCAAAGCAACAACCGCACAUCGAGACGCCAGAUGUAACUGGAACGUCCUCGCCGGCCACCGCGCCCCAUUCGUACACAUUUGAUACCCUACCGACUCUGGUAUCGCACUUGAAGCUCCACUCCGCCAUCUGCGACGCUGGCGUCAAGCUCUAUCACGAGAUCACAUCGGGGCACUCAGGGCUCUCGCAGGUGGCCAAGCUACUCUGGCCGGUGUCUGAGCGCGAAGCCACUUUCACGCUUGACUACAUAGAGCGCGUCUAUGGCACGUGGCUCAGAUACGAGCCGCACUCGACGUUUGCAUCAUCACCUCGGACUCCUCUACGACUACCAUCCCCCGACGCAUAUCCGAGGCUGCCCCUCCGGCGCCGCUUGCGCCCAUGGGCUUGCCUCCGGCCGUGCUUCAGGAGCCGGUUCACGUGGACACCUUCGCUGUGCGCUCGCUGUCAAAACGGCGGCGUCGAUAGCGGCGCGUCUAGCGGCUCUGGGGGCGACGGAGACCGCGCUGGCCUCGGUCCGUCCGAGGCACUAUCUGAGACUGAGUAUGGGACCCACCGCAGGCGUCUCUCGCUCGCUUGGCGGUCUUCUUGUUUGGAGAGUGUCAGGAAGCGCGGGGGGUGGGCUGCGCGCGUGCUCAAUGACGGCCAGCUAGGGGGUUAUGCGGACGAAUUGCCGCAGACACUGGACGAGCUGUGUGAUGGUUCUAUUCUGGAUGUUGAUGCUACGUUUAUUGGACCUUAA